AUGAAUUAGUGGCCGGAAUGGUGGCGCGCAAUGUUGCCGGACCUGCAGUGAUAUUCUCGUUCACAAUCGCUGCGAUCGCGAGUCUCUUUUCAGGUGUUUGUUAUGCAGAGUUUGGAGUUAGGGUUCCGCACACUACUGGUUCUGCGUAUAUGUAUAGCUAUGUAACGGUGGGAGAGUUUAUUGCAUUUGUUAUCGGCUGGAAUAUGGUUUUAGAGUAUUUGAUCGGAACGGCCGCCGGUUCUGCGGCCAUAUCUGCUUGUAUUGACGCGCUCUAUGGCGGAGCAAUACAUCACACUAUGAAACAAACAUUUGGCACAUUUGUUGGCCACACGCCAGACCUGAUGGCUGCUGUUAUCACUAUUUUAAUGACAAUAUUAUUGGCUACUGGCGUGAAAAAGUCGCUUAUGUUUAAUAACGUGCUAAAUUUAGUAAAUUUUGGCGUUUGGAUUAUAAUAGUGUGUUCGUCAGUGUUUUACAUUGAUUUUGACAACUGGACAGAGCAUGGUGGCUUUGCCCCAUUCGGCUGGUCAGGCAUGUUGAACGGCGCCGCCACCUGUUUCUAUGCUUUCAUUGGUUUCGAUAUAAUCGCAACGACA